AUGCCGAUUCGCGUAAAAGCACGCCCAGUCUCUCAAGGCGAUCGGGCUCCGUCACCCUACUUUGCCCCGUGGAAACCGACCGAGCUCCCGCACAUCAGUUAUGAUGAUGUAUUUCGCGAUGUCAUUAAAUCGCUCUCUAGAUAUAUUGCCGACUGUGUAUUUCUUCCGCUGACGUUUGAGCAAUUGCGGACAACGUCUAGCGGCGACUGCCUGAGGACGCUCGUCGACCAUCUCGCAGAAAAUGUUUUGAAUCCAGCCAUUGUGAAUGCUCUACUAGCCCUCCGUUGGCAUUAUAGCACUGGACCCGAUAGCAGCGGCGUCGGUGAUGCUCGUGCAAACGCCUGCGAGAUCGUGGCGUGGCGCUUCCUCACGCGUCUCUCGGAACGGGAGGCUGUCGAGUUCUGUCUCUAUGAGAUCCCAGAUCCCAAGCAAAAAUCCAUCUUCCUUCGUAAUGCACCUGACCUGGGAGAGAGCAAUGAGCGCACUGCAUUGCUGCCUUCGUCGUCUUCCAACGAACAUCCCGGAAGUCGACCGGAUACCCUUAGAGGAGCGUCCCAAAGACGAACGCAAUUAAUCCAGUCGCUCUCCAAACUCACAAUGAGCAUGCAACUUGACUCCAAUGAUGAGGAAGAGGACGAAAAUGACCCAACAGCGCCAUUUAUCAACCUCAAUGCCCUUGAGAUUGCCGCCAUUGCAGAUGCAAAGCGCUUCCUGAGCCAGCACGUCGUCCAAAAGAUCAUCACAGGAAUCUGGUCUGGCGAUAUCAUCUUUUGGGACCGUCUGUCCGCUGGAUCGAUCAAGAAGCCCAGAUUCUACAACCCGCAGACUGCUGACCCUUUCUGCCGCCUACGCGUGCCUCGAUAUCUCAAGGUAUAUGAGGUCGUCUUUUUUGGUUUAUUCCUUUUUCUGUACUAUGCCGUACUUAUUGAGCAGAACCGUUACGCCAUCACACCGAGAGAAAUCAUGCUUUACGUUUGGUUCGCUGCUUUUUGCUACGACGAGGUCAGCGAGUACAUUGAUGCCGGGAGUAUAUUUUAUUCGGCCGAUGUGUGGAAUUUGUUCGACAUGAUCAUGAUUGCCAUUGGCUUGGUAUUUGCAAUCCUGCGUUUCAUUGGUCUAUACAAUCAAGACCUCUACAUGGUCGACAUUGCAUUUGAUGUGCUGUCGCUCGAGGCCCUCUUCAUGGUUCCUCGCAUCUGCUCAAUCUUGAGUUUGAGCCCGUACUGGGGAACAUUGAUUCCAUGCUUGAAGGAAAUGGGCAAGGACUUUUUGAAGUUCAUGGUUCUGGUUGUCAUCAUUUAUGUUGGAUUCUUGACAACCUUCUCCUUGAUUGGCAGAGAUUCAUACUCUUUCAAUCACAUGGCCAUGAUUGUGACCAAGAUCUUCUUUGGUUCAAGCUAUGUGGGCUUUGAUAUCAUGGAGAGCAUCGAUCCCAUCUUUGGCCCGCCACUGAUGCUCAUCUUUGUGACGCUGUCAUCGAUCCUGCUUAUGGGCUCCCUGACUGGUAUGCUCAGCAACAGCUUUUCCCGCGUCAUCUCCCACGCUAGAGAGGAGUAUCUCUAUGUCUACAGUGUGUAUGUGCUUGAAGCUUCGACUAGUAAUCGUCUCACGCACUUUUACCCACCGUUCAAUCUGCUGGCUUUGGGCAUUUUCCGUCCCUUGAGAUUAUUCCUGCCUUCGGACAACAAAUUCCGACAAGCACGGAUUAUGCUUCUCAAGGCAACCCAUCUGCCCAUUGUAGCUGUCAUCAAAGCCUACGAGCUCAUCACGUUUAGGGUCUCUCCGUCAAAAGAUGGAUUCGACAGUUUCCGUGGACCCCGCCAGACUUCACGAAGAAGCCCAGCGCCACCGCUGUCUUCCAGUCGCCGUUCGCACAUUUCUUCUCGACAUACCAAUCAUGAAGUCAUUUCUCAGCCUUCGCCGACUCGAUCCAGGCAAGAUCAAGAUGACAGCACGGACGCGCCUACUGAUGUCGAAGUCCGGAUCGCCGAGUUAUCUUCAAAGAUAGACAGACUCACGGCGCUCGUCGCAAUGCUUCAACCAGGUGCAGGCAUCGAAACCACGAGAACUUGA